UUUUAAAAAUGAGUGGAGGGGGUUAUUUGUCUGUCUGCUUUUGGCUGUUAAGAAAAUUUUGAAAUAUUUUUUGUUGAAAUAAAAAUUUACGCCUCUAAAUGUAUUAAUUUUAUUUUUAAUUUUUCUUUGGGCUAAUUUUUCAAAUUUUAAAAUUUUUAUUAUUAGACUAGCGACGUGUAGCUCCGCUAACGCUUAUUGAAUUCUUAUGGUUUAGCAAAGCUACUAUGAGCUCUUUAGUUUGGCGUGAUUUUCAUAGUUUUUUCUUGCUUCAAAAAUAUUCUUUUCAUACUCAAAAAUAUUUUUUAAGAAUUUUUCCGAUUAAAACAUUGUCAAUAAUCAUUAAAAAAAUUUUGGAAAAUUUUGGCUCAGGGCAAGCUCAUACAUAUCAUCAAGUGUCCCUAAUUCUUGUCCUUUUUUCUAACUCAGAUAAAUUUUUAUUUGGCUAUUCCUCCGUUAAGGAAUUACAUUUGCUUUAAAGUUCAACAAAAAUUUCAAAGUUUAGAUGAACAAACAAAAAAUUUCACUUUAAAAAUUUCCAAAAAUAGACAUUUUCCCUUAUUUUUCAACUCAACUUUUUUGUUUGAACACCUAUAAUUUUGUUUCCUCCUGUACUUUAUAGCAAAUUUAAUUCUCUAUCGAAUCAUAUAAAAACUGUUCGGAAAGGUUUACCCACUACUGAGUUAUCACAAAUUUACUAACUCAGGUUCUCGCCUCUCCAGGGGCGUGACGAAUUUUUGCUUUUUUCAACUUAAAAAAUUUUUUCUUCUUUUUUCUUCCUCCUUAUUUAUUUCACACAUUUACAUUUUUAUUAUUAUUCCUC